AUGUCUUCGGCGUCGGGCACUCGAUGCACUUUUGUCAUCUUAGCACUUUCCAUUUUAUUGGACCAAUGUGAUUGCAAUGGGGUUGGGACUAAAAGUCAGGACUCUCUGCUGGCUGAGUUCCAGAUGAGAAUCCUUCUGCUGACUCUCCUGGGCCUAGCUGUCCUGAUCCUUUUAGGUUUCCUGGGUGAGUUUCUGAUUUUACCAUCGCCUUGAUCAACUCACAGAACGGAGAUUUCCGAUUUCCUUUGGCCACCAGGAUGUAUCUGCUGCUUCUGUCGGAUUUCGCAGACUGUGGAAUCCACUUCCGAUGGCCUCGAUGUCUACGCCCCGCGAACCCAAAGCAUCGUGUGGCCCACUCUGCCCCGGGAGACGGCCCAUGUUCUGGAGAUGACCUUCCUGCACACCCCCAAGGUCAACUGCUUCUGUGGCAGCUGCCUCAUCGCCAGGAACUCGCUCUGCCUUGAAAACUGUGGGGUACACAUCGCCAGGUGGGCCUUACUACUAGCCACCUUCAUUACCUAUGCUCACCUGGUCAAAGCCGAUGACAACUUUACAGACUUUGACUGGCUUAAUGAAACGCAGCUGCUGCAAAUGUUUGAUUACGAGAAUGAAAACAAUACAGACGAGAUUUCCACGGAAUUCGACUUGGAUACUCUGACCGAAAACCCUGUUGUGGAACAAACGGCUGGGAAUAUUAGCAACAAUGGCCAAAUCGAAUUUCCAUUUGAAGAUUUGAGGAAACAUCCGCAUUUUUACCGCUUUGUCUUUAUGGUGCUACUUUUGCAUGUUGCCGUUGUUGCUGUUGGUAUCAUCAUCUACAGCUCUGUGCACUGCAAAGUCAGGACCUUGAGGAGGCGUGCGAGGAGGGAGGCACAACGACGACUGGAAAUGACCAAUCUGCGGUCAGAGCACAUUCCCAAUUCCCGCGAUUGCCCUUGCCACGGAUGCAUUCUGGCCAGAGAGAUGCUGCAGGGCCUGAUCAUGCAGCAGUUUCAGGAACUGGCCGAGUGCUGA